AACACACUCCAAAUCAGCUCCCUAGCAGUUGGUUUACCAGUUGAAUCCUUUUAUUGACUGUCUGGAACUUCUGCAAUCCCCUGUCCUGCGUGACUCAGUGACUGACAGUCUCGUAAGAUUCUUUCAACUGAGAACUAUCAUGUUCUCACAGCCGUCCACGCUUCCCAGUCACGUCGCGUUGGGCAUUGCCGCUGCUAGGGAGCGUCCGUCGUCCCUCCGAAUCGAACACCAUCACGGAGCGGAUUUGCUGGGAUCUAGCCAUCUCAGCUCCGCCGCUCACGCCGGUGAUGAUUUGACGGAGGACGACGUCUGGUCAGUCAACGACACUGACAGCCUGUCAACUGACGGAAUCGUCAAGGUUCCGUCACACGACCAGAUUCUACCGUCAAUUCGCCUGACGAACCGAGCUCGUCCGGACCCAUUCACCGCUUCAUCUUCUGGUCGGUUCUCCAGUCAAGCCCAUGGAUUAGCGGUUCUCUCUUCGGAUACCCUAACCGGAGGACAAGCUCCCCUUGGGGGGGAUAUCGUUAAGCCGAGCGCUCUGGCUCCUGUGGUUAUUCCAUCGAUCCAAACCCAUCUGGACCACUUCAAUUCGAGGCAUUCUCAAGGUCAUCACCGUGCAUCCGCUCCGGUCAACGUACCUGACUGGAGUAAAAUAACGGGAACCGCCAGCCGGCGAACUCGCCGGCCGUUUGACGAAUUUGACGAUGACGUGGAUAACAUCAUGGUUCCACCGCAUGAGAUGGUUGCGAGGGACACGUCAGCAUCCGUGUGCUUCUCGGUUCAUGAGGGACUUGGCGGAACGCUGAGGGGAAGGGACCUGGAUCGGUUGCGGACCGCCAUUCUUCAGAAGACGGGUUUUUACGAAUAACCGUCGUCAUACUCCGUCCAACCGUUUGCUUUGGCAGCACGAAGGCUAUGGCGGUGCGCGCUGGGUCAUUCAUUCCGUUCAAGCUCCAAGCUUUGUUUUUCCUCUGUACUUAUAGCUGGAAGUCGAAUCGCCUGCAGGUGGCCUUUCAGGACCUAAUUUGAAGCAUGAAGCUUCAUGAAUCAUGGCGCUUUUACGGUGGAGCGUCUUAUACGCAGAGUGUGCUGCUUGAGCAUUUGAGCUCUGCCUCGUGUGUUCAAUUUUGUGUGGAACUCUGUUUUUCUGACUGCAAUGCUGCCGGUGGAACUUGCGUAAUCGCAAUAGCUAAAUGCUACCAUCAGGGUCCUCGAUUGCAGACAAAAUCCGUCUGUUUUUCUGAUUUUCAGAUUUUUUUUAGGUGUUCAUCUGAUUUUUUAGAAAUCAAACAAUCAAAUUUCU